AUGACGGCCGCGAUAAGAGCGGUUAUUGAAGUUCGUCAAGCCGUGUCACAUUCUGCCCUGUCCAAGAAAUGGACCGACGACGACCUGCCGGCGACGGACGCGCGACCCAAAUCCGCCGCCGCGAACGCCUCCGCGUCGCACGCGUCGCAAGGGCCGCGGCCAAGGCUGACGCGAUCGAACGCGUCAACCUCGCGAGCGCCCGCCGCGGAAGCCUCGAACUCGCGCGCCCCCCCCCCGGAAGCUUUUGCAUCGAGCCCUAGUACAGGUUCGCACAAGGGAGGACCCACCCCCGGGUACGUUCACGGGCACACGCACGUGCGCAAGCCGCGGCGCCUAGCAACUGCCGCGUCUGUGUCCGGAGCGGAAGGCAGGGCGGAAGGUAGGGCGGAAGGGGGAGGAGACGGGGGAGGGGAUGGGGACGGCGGAACGCUUGCGGAUACAGGCAGACGGGUGAAGUCCUCCGCGUCGGUUUCCUCCGCGGGCGAGAAGGGGUCGCGGAAGCGGGGAGACGCAGGGGCAGGCGGAAAACUAGGCGGAAAAGCAAGCAGGAAAUUAAUUUCUGUGAGCAGCAGCGGCGCAAGCACCCCCUCUAGCAGCUUCAAUGACAAUGGCGGCGGGGGGAGCAGCAGCGAGGCAGGCAGCGUGCGCAGCAGAAGCACUUUUAGGUCAUAUGAAAAUGAUGAUGAUGAUGACCUUAGUAGCCACGCGGAUUCGGAAUUAGAGGUGAAUUUCGAGGAGGUAUUAGGGCCCGCGUCGGGGUUUGACUGGAUCACGAGUAUUAGCGCUGCUUCCACGCCUUCGUCUAGCUCGUCCGCGAAUAGGGUUACCAGGUUCGCGCCGAACACGCCUCCGCAUGCGCUGGCGUCCGGGGUGCAUCCGUCGUUUGCUAGUAACGAGCACGGGAUUCUCGCGGCUGCUGCAAUAGCAUCGGUGGGCGGAGCAGGGGGAGCAGCAGGGGGAGCAGGGGGAGCAGCAGCGGGGAGGGAGGCGGAAGGGAAGGGGUCCGGAAAAGAGGCUUUUAAGACUGAGUGGGAGGUGUUUAUGAGGCAGUCGGAAGGGAUAGUGGGGUUGCAUCUACUGGAAGGUUUGGCACCCAGGGGCUCGAAACGAAAGCAGAAUAAAAAGAAGGUGCUUGUAAGGAAGGUGAAGGAGGAGACGAAAAAGAUGGAUUUUUGGGGGGAGGAGAGUGGGAGUGAGGAAGGGAGAGGGAUGGGGGGUGGGAGGAGGAAGGGCAAAGGGGGGAAGGGAGGAGGGGGAGGGGAGGGGGAGGAGCAGGUUGAGCGGAAGUUUGGGAGCUUGGGGGAAAAGAAGAGGCGGGAAAAGGCGGGGAGAAAAGGGGGAGCGGAGUGGGAGGAUGGGGCGGAAGGGGGAGAAGGGGGCGGGGGGAGGGUAGCGAGGGGAGGAAGGCGGGGAAGAACGGGAGAGGAGGAAGAACACGCAGAGGGGGGGGAAGAGGGGGAGGAGGGCGACGAGGGGGAGGAAGGCAGUGAGAAGGAAGGCAGGAGGUUCAAUGAGUUGGGAGAGCGGGUGAGGGGAGAGCGAGGGGAGAGGGAGGAACGCAGGGGAAGGGGGAGGAGAGGGGUAGGUUACGGGGGGAGUAGGGCAGCAGCAGCAGCGGCGAUUCGUAAAGCCAGAUCAGGUGCUUCGCAUGGUGGGGAAGGGGAUGGAAUUGGUUUGACUGGUGGUGAUGGGAGGGAUAGUGGGGCAGUUGAAAAUAGCUCGUUUGCUGCCCUGGGCAGGGCGAAAAAAGCUUCUGGCGGUAGGGAUGGCUCUGGUUUGGAUCCAGAAGACGAAGAGGGGUCGUUUAUUGCUCUGGGAAAGGCGAGGCUUGAUAGAGAGGGCUCGUCAAAUGAUCCGGGCAGCUUGAAAAAUGAUGCUCUGACCCCGACAAAAUCCGCGGCUGCGCCUGGUUUACCCGAGGUUAAGAAAAGUUUGGAGGGAGAGGAGGAUUUGAGUAAGGUGGCCGGUGUGGCAAAGAAAUGGGUGAAGAAAGCAAAGGAUGAUAAGUCGAAGAAGGGGAAGGAUGGGGAGAAGGGAGACGGGAGUGAGGAGGAUGAGGAGGAGGGGGCGAUUGUAGGGUAUGGAACGCAGGUGAAAGACGCCAGAAGGGGUAUUGGGGGGUCGAAGGCUGAGGGAGUCGGUUGGGAGGGGUUGAAAGCGGCUGCAGGGGCGAUAGGGGGAGGGGAGGGGGAGGAGAGUGGGGAGAAAGAAGCAGGGGGAGCGGGGGGUAAGGUUCGCCCCAAGACCCCCCCCCCUAGCUCGUUACUUGGUGGUGGUAAUUUAAAAGCUCCUCCUGCUCCCCCUCCCCCGCCCCCGCUACCCCCUGGGGGCAAAGGUCCUCCGCCACCCCCUCCCCCGCCCCUUCCCCCGGCCGCCAAGGGUCCCCCUCCCCCGCCCCCGCCCCCAGGCUCCAAAGGCCCCCCUCCGCCUCCCCCUCCCCCAGGGCGGAAGGGCCCCCCUCCCCCCCCGCCUCCCCCAGGCGCUAAGGGGCCGGGGCCUCCCCCUCCCCCGCCUCCCCCAGGGGGCAAGGGCGAAGCUCCCCCUCCGCUCCCGCCUGGGUUCAAGGGGAAGGGUCCGCCUCCUGGGGGACCGUUUGGGGGGGGGAGGCGCGCGCUGGUGGACUGGGGGGGCAUGACGAACGCGGAUGGCACCAUCUGGGCCUCAGAGCUUGACUUUGAUAUCGAUAUUGGCGAGUUGAAGAAGCAGUUUGAGCCCAAGGCAGCUGCUCCUUUCAAGAAGGCAGAGCAGCCUGUGAAGAAACAAGUCAUUCGAAUUAUCGACAUGGCCAAGUCAAGGAACGUGGAGAUUUCUCUUCGCAGCAUGAAGCUCCAUCCGCACGACCUCGUGGUUGCAGUGUUGAGUGUAGACACGUCGACAAUAGGCGAGUGGUGUGACAGCCUGGUGGAGACUCUGCUGAAGUACGGCCCGGAUGACAAGGAGAAGCGGCUGCUGAGGGAGUUCAAGGGAAAUGUGGAGGACCUGGGUCCGUGCGAGCAG